GCACAAAUUUUUAAAUUAAUCUAGUGUGCGGCGUCAGAUUGUGAAUCAUUCGUAUAAUACGUGAACUAGAAAUUGCAAGAAUUGUGUUUUGUUCGUAAAUUUUAUAAUAAGAAAUCAGUUUUUAAAAAACUUCUUACAUAUUAUUUCGCAUUCAGACUAAGUUAUAUCGAAAAGGCUACAAUGACUACUGAUUCAUCGGAUGUUAUACAAAACUUAGAGAUACCUCCAUUGCGUACCUUAAAUGACUUUAUUUUAGGCUCCGCUCGUUUCCAGCUGCCUAAUCUUAAGGAUUACGACAAAUGGGGAAAUCGCGUGGUUAAAAAUCUACUUUAUUAUCAGACAAAUUAUUUUUUAAUAUUUUUCUCUGUGUACGCACUGAUGAUGAUAUUUAAUCCGCUCAAAAUUAUAUGCGGCCUUUUGGUUCAAGCCAUUGUCAUCGCUAUAAUUUUGCACCUCUUCAGUGGUAAAAUAUGGCUUGUUGGAGUACAACUACGCAACGCCAUCAAUCCAAAUCAAAAAUGGUAUUUCCUAGCCGGCGCGCUUUUAAUCGGGUAUAUGUUGCUUCAUUGGAUUGAUGCAGUUUUGCUAACAAGUUUCACGUUACUUCUACCAUUUUCUUUGACAUUUGUACAUGCAUCGUUGCGUUUACGAAAUUUGAAAAAUAAAGUCACUAACACAAUGGUGACUUUAAAUCCAUCAACUCCAAUGGGUAUCAUCUUAGAUGCUUUUAAUAUCGCUGCAGAUAAUAUUCUUAAUUAAUUUAUAAAAAAUGACUAACAAAC